AUGGCUGCCAAUCACGAAGAAGCUUACAACACUAUCGUUAACACUGAAACUGUUACUGAAGAACACAAGGCCGAAUGGACCCACGAACUCCUUGGUUCUGCUGCUGCUUUCGCCGCCAUGAGAGCUUACAAUAAGAGAAAGGAAGAAAGUGGUGAAGAAGUUGACCACAGUCUCGCUAAGGAACUCCUUGCUGGUCUUGCUGGCGGUGCCGUUGACAACUUGGUUGAAAGUAAGGGCAUGGACUGGUUAGACAGACAUCGUGCUAAGAAACAAGCUGAAGAAGAAGCCCAAAAGUUGUACUCUGAACAAACCGGCUAUCAUUUCGACUAA